GGAUGUAGUCAGCUAUUUACCUCAAAGGGCACCCCCACUGUAAAAUAACGUCACCUCACUCAUUCUUCUCUUUUCUAUCCAUGACAGAUGAUCCAACACUACCAAGUCCUGGCCUCUCAGAUGGGGCUAUGGCCGGCAUUGUGGUUGGCGUCCUGGCUGGCGUAGCUCUGAUAGCAGCCCUGGUGUACUUCCUGUAUUUCAGAAAGACUGGAGGGGCAAGCGACCAGCGCGAUCUCACAGAGCACAAACCCUCAGCCUCCAACCACAGUCAGGGCCUCUCUGACAACUCACCUAAGAAGAUGGAUGAAAUUACAUAUUCUUCCCUGAACUUCAAUGGCCAGGAAUCAAAGAAGCCAACUCAUGUCUCUCCGUCCCCAACAGCCACAGAAACGCUUUAUUCAGAAGUAAAAAAGAAGUAAUGCAACCAGCUCUGCUCACUGCACUGCUGACUGAUUCCCAGCUUCUCAUCUCCAUCACUAGGAGACCCCUUUGCCCUCGGGGGCGCGGGGGGAGGGGAGGAGGGGAGAAGAAGCCUCUUUUCCCCUCCUCCUUUACUCACUCAUGAGACACCUCCAGGUUCCCGGUCACAGCCCCUCCCUUCAGUGUCAACAGAUGAAAAGGCACAUCCGGGAGUCUGUAGGAAGCUCAAUAUCCUUGUCAUUGAACUUUGGCAAAGCAGACCUUGGGAGAGAGUUGCCAGAACCUCCAGCCCUUCCCCAUUCCCUGACCUAGACUUGUUCUAAACUUACCUAUUGAGCCCACCUUCAUUCCUUCCUGUUGGAGUCUAACUUGAAUUUGCCAUAACUUUGAGAGUUACAUCCUUAUCCACUGAAAUACAUGUGUCAGAGAAGAAGAGAAAAACUAAAAGCUUCUCUCCAAAGCCCAGGGUGAACGGACCACACAGGAAAAUAAAUAUAUAAGCAAGUCUCAACACGGAAAUUCUAUACCUUUGUCCAUUGUCAGGGUGUCUAAACACUUUUCUGCUUGUCUAGAAUACCACCUAAGCCCUUUGGCAAGACUGUCUUCAGAGAAACCACUAGAAGCAACUAGGAAAACUAUAGGUGAUUCCCAAGGGAAAAUG